CCUAAGAAUAUCAAUGUGCAUCACCGUGCGAUGCUGGAAAGACAGCCAGUAAUGGAGACGAGAGGAUGGGGCGUGCAGAUUGUGGUUGUUCCCCUUGUGAUGGCAUUCAUGGCAGCUGGGACAAUGAUGGGGCUGAUCAGAUUCUUCGCACCACGGGUAGAGACACCGGAGCCGGCAAAGAAUGAUCCCAUUGAAAUUGCAGUGUCCACAGGCGAGGUCGAAGACGCAGGAUAUCAAGAUGCUGAUCAGGUCCAAGAACGAAAAGGAAGGAUCCGACAGAAGUGUGAAGACGGGGGGCCAGGAUCACCGCGAGACGUGUUGGGAUACCGGCCGCCAUCCGUUGCCAGUUCUACAACUAGCCGUUUCACAACGUCGGUGAGGUUUGGGCUGAGAUGGGUGCCUAUGUGGGGUGGGCGGAACGAUUGGUCAAUGCAUGGAGGUGGACAGGGUGGUGACGAUGAAGAUGGUGCUCAUUGGCCUCGGGCGCUGACGCUCGACGAGGUGAAAAAGCACACAAAUGGAUUCAAGGAAGAGAUUGGCAGAGGUGGUUUUGGAAUCGUGUACAAAGGAAAACUGCCCAAUGGGAAGUACGUGGCAGUCAAACGCCUCGACGCGCUUUCAAAGCAAGGGAAAAGAGAGUUUUUGAACGAAGUAAACAUUCUACACAGGCUUAACCACCGCAACUUGGUCGCUCUGAUGGGAUGGUGUCAUGAUAUGGAUGAACGGAUACUCGUUUACGAGUAUGUCGAAAAUGGUUCGCUUUAUGCCCAUAUGCACGGUCACGGUGGAGAUCCAAGCCGAUUGACGUGGAAGCUGAGACUCGAUAUUCUGCAUGGGGCCAGCAACGGGUUAUGGUAUUUGCAUCGGAUGGCGCAGCCGAAAAUCAUCCACAGGGAUAUAAAGCUGAGCAACAUAUUGUUGGAUGAACAAUAUCAAGCGAAGAUCUCAGACUUUGGGAUUUCCAAAAGGAGCCUGAAGGAGGACUCUGUGUCAGCGUUGACUACUGGGAACAUUGUGGGCACCCGAGGGUACAUAUCCCCGGAGUACCUGAACGAGGGCAUCCUGACAGAGAAAAGUGAUGUUUACAGCUUUGGAGUGGUCAUCUUGGAGAUGAUGACCGGUCGUACCGCCGUGUUUGACACACCUUCGGGCCACACCUUCAACCUUGUGCAAUGGGCAAAACCGUGGCUUACAUCUGCUCAGGUAGAGAAUAUCAUGGAUCCUUCAUUGGGCUGCCAAUACUCGAUUGCAAGCGUCCGACUGAUGGCCAAGGGUGCCAAUGAUGUCAGUGGAGCGGCCGACGAGGACACGAAGGCCGAAAUGUGCAGUGGAGCGGCCGACGAGGACACGAAGGCCGAAAUGUGCAGUGGAGCGGCCGACGAGGACAGGAAGGCCGAAAUGUGCAGGUGGAUAUCGUUGCGCGUUGACGGCAUGAUGGUGUGGAUUGUUCGCACUGCGGCGUCUAUAGUGUGCAGUCGAUGCGAUGGCACUGCCGUAUGCAUUGAAGGUGUGCGGUCCAUGGCGGCACUUCGGUGAACUUGAUUCCGGCGUGCAUUCAAACCACGCAGUACGAGGGUGCACUUGUAUUGGUUACGCUGCUGGAACUGAGAAACUGUGAGAAUUCCGUUCCUGAACGGCGAGGAGCUGGGAGCAGUCCAUUGGUUUAGUCUCCUCUGUGGUUAACUGUGCAUGGAAGGUGUGCAGUCGAUGCGAUGGCACCACACGUGGGUAAACUUGAUUCUGCUGCGCAGUCAAACUUCGCAGUUAGUCUCUGUGGUUAACUGUGCGUUUGAAGGUUGUGUGGUCCGUGGAGGAUGUGGGUAAACUUACUUUUUUUUUAAAAAAAGGGUGACGGCCCUGAGAUAUCAUCUUUGGAGUUUGAAGUUUGAACUGACUGGGCCGAGGUAAAUUCAGAGUUAUUUUCACUCGUCUGAUUCCAUCGGGAUUUUAACUCAGGUCGUCGUUUCGUUUUAACUUUUAACGGUUUGUGGGAGUACCGACUGAGCUAGGCCAGUUGGUUUCUACCGUGUGUGGGCAAACCACGCAGUUCGAGGGCGCGCACUUGUGUUGGUUACGCCGGCGGAACUGAGAAGCUGUGAGAUUUCUUUCCUGAACGGUGACAAACCGAGAGCAGUCCACGGAUUAGUCUCGGCGGUUAACUAUGCGUUGAAGGUUGUGCAGUCCAUGGUGGCAGCAGUUGGGUAAACUUGAUCAUGCCCCGCCGUCAAACUAUGCAGUUAAAGGGCAAGCUUUGUAGUUGUAUGGUUAUGCUGGUGGGACUGCAUUACAAUAGCAAUGGUGGUGCUGUGCACAUAAACUUCCAGUGAAUCUCAGAGAUGAAACUGAGAAAGUGCAACUGUGUGACGGUCUCAGCUGUGUGACGGUAAUUGAUUGCACUUGGGUGACGCUGGUUCUGAUGCGCAGUCAAACCGCGGCGUUCGCGAGUUAACUUGCGUUGAUUACACUGGCGGAACAAGAGGGAAUUGAUUGCACUUGGGUGAGGCUGGUUCUGCUGUGCAGCCAAACCACGCAUUUGGAGAGUUAACUUCCACUGGCAGAACACGAGGGAAUCGAUGGCGCUGUGCAGUUAAACGGUGAGUUAAAGUAUGGGACUACCGGUAGUCUCUGUGGUAAACUGUGCAAAAAUUUAAGGUGAGGUUUGCAGUCCAUGGCACUUGGGAUGGUGGAUUCUGCCACGCAGUCAAACUACGCAGUUAAACGAUGAGCUUUUGUGUUGGUUACGCUGGUGGAACUGCAGCGCGCGCGUUGAUGAUGCUGCUGUGUGUGCAGUUUUAAACCUCCAGUUGAACUGUGUGCAGUGUGGGGUUAGUCUCUGUGGUUGACUUAACUGUGCGCAAAGUUAAGAUGUGUGGUCCCCCCCACAUCUUAACUUUGGCAAUUGGGUUCUGAGGGAGAUGGUUUGCUGGAUGGCACAAAGCGAAAAAGUUGUUAUUAUUAUUAAUUUACGUGUAAUGAACUUGCUCUGCUGAU